UCUAUCAUCCUCAGUAGAAGCUGCUGUAAGGUAGCAGUAAGGAUUGUGUGGGGUGUAAACUGUAUGAGAUGGGAGGUUACUUUGCAGGUGAGCCCCACCCUCUCCUGUUGCACAGACCACUAGCAGAGAGAGCAGAAAACACACCUGGACAACCCAAACCUGUGGGAUAUUCACAUUUUAACACAUAUGCAAAAAAGAGAAAGGUUCUCCUGAAGUCCCUUCUCCCCUGAGUCUCCAGAGGGCCUCUCCCAUGAUGAACCUGACCGGUGCUAUUCUACUUCUCUCGUUGGUGUCGCUAGUCCAUGGUGCCUGCUCUCUCAAUGGGAGGAACAGAGGAGACCUCUAUGACUGCCCAGCAGAUGUGUACAUUGUUCUGGACACCUCAGAGAGUGUGGCGCUGAGAGCCAAGCCCUACGGCUCCUUUGUUGAUCAGAUCAAGCAGUUUGCCCUGGACUUUGUGGACCAGCUCAACACUAGAUACUACCGCUGUGAGCGUAACCUGACGUGGAGUGUGGGAGUGCUGCACUACAGUGAUGAGGUAAAGGUGAUGAGGGAGCUGACCAGCACCAAGGAGGCCCAAGGAAGAGCUCAGCUGAAGAGAGCCAUACAGGACAUCCGCUACAUCGGCAAGGGAACCCACACCGACUGUGCCAUCUCCGUAGCAACUGGGCAGCUGAUGACAGGCUCUCCUCUCCAUGGCAACAAGUACAUGGUGGUGGUGACAGAUGGCCACCCGCUGGACGGCUAUAAGGAGCCGUGUGGCGGGGUGGCAUACACCGUGUCUGAGGCCAGAGCCAUGGACAUUAAAAUCUUCAGCGUGGCAAUCACUCCGCAUCACCUGGACAACAGACUUGAUUCCAUAGCAACAGAUGUACAACACACCCAUAACAUGUCUGCUACUAGUGAGGACCCGCAGGUUGUUAGGAACACCGUCAGCUCCAUAGUGUCUACCAUGUACAAGGAUUCUGAAUCUGUGUGCUGUUCGUUCGAGUGCAAGGCUCCCCUGGGAUCUCAAGGCCCUGCUGGUGCAGGAGGGGGCGCGGGAACUCCAGGACGUCAGGGGGUUGCCGGGAGACCGGGAAGUUUGGGAGCAAAGGGGACUGCAGGUGACCAGGGACCCCAAGGACACAGAGGAGAGAAGGGUGACCAUGGUCCUUCUGGUGACAGAGGUCCAAGAGGACCAUCUGGACAAAAGGGUGAGAAAGGAGCGGAUGGAGUGGACGGGAAAGACGGCCUUGUGGGGGACCCUGGGGUUAUGGGGCUGCCUGGUUGUAAAGGAGACGAGGGGGCAGAGGGGGAGCCAGGUCCUCUGGGACAGAAAGGAGAUGCAGGAUCUUAUGGAUUACCUGGACAAAAGGGAGAGAUGGGAACACCUGGGGAGCUAGGGGUUUCUGGAGUGUCUGGAGCCAACGGAGCCAAGGGGGAGCCUGGACCAAUGGGAGGACCUGGAAAUAAGGCUGACCGAGGAGACGAAGGGGACUUUGGACCGUCUGGAGCGCCAGGCACAGAGGGUGUAGGGGGAGAGAGGGGACGGAGAGGUGCUCCAGGAAUAAGAGGUGGUCAAGGGGAGACGGGUGACCCAGGCUCUGCUGGAGCACAGGGUCAUGAAGGUCAGGCUGGAGACGUGGGUUCACAAGGUCUGAGUGGAGUGUCUGGGCUCAAAGGGUACAGAGGAGAGCCGGGUUCUCACGGACCUGCGGGUGUUAAGGGCCCCAGGGGGCCUCCAGGAGCACCGGGAGAUGCAGGGCCCAUUGGGAAAAGGGGUGAUGAUGGAACACAGGGAGAAGGCCAACCUGGAUAUCCAGGGUUCCAGGGAUACCCUGGUCUGAGAGGACCUGCAGGUUUAAAGGGAAUCAGGGGAUUCCCAGGGCUGAAGGGUGAUGUCGGCCUGCCAGGUGAUCGCGGUGAUGAUAACGACCAGCCAGGUCGGGGAGGCCUCCAGGGGCCAAAAGGAUACCCUGGUCUCACAGGAGAGAAUGGAUCACCAGGCCCAGUGGGCCAUCCGGGGGCAGACGAAUGUGAGAUCCUGGAGGUCAUUCAGAAACUCUGCUCAUGCUGUGUGUGUGAGUGUGGUCCGGUGAAGCUACUCUUUGUACUGGACAGUUCAGAGAGCGUUGGGCUGCAGAACUUCACCCUGGAAAAAGAGUUUAUAAUUCGAAUCAUUAACAAGAUUACCAAGUUCAGCAAAGACAAGAAGGAGCUAGGAUCACGAGUGGGUGUAGUUCAGUACAGCCAUGACGGCACCCGGGAGCUGGUAUCUAUGGAGGACCCCAAGAUCACCACAGUAGCACAGCUCAAAAGCUCGGUGAGAAACAUGCGCUGGAUUGCCGGUGGUACGUACACGGGAGAGGCGCUGGAUUUUGCCCGGCAGGCAUUUGGCAGCUCCCAGCUGGACCGAAAGGUGGCCGUAGUCUUGACGGACGGACGGUCGGACACUCGCCGGGAUGCCAAACCGCUGUCCUCCCUCUGCUCUGUGCCCAAUAUAAGGGUGGUGGGCAUUGGCAUGGGUGACAUCUUCAGACGGGCGUCAUACGCCACCAUGCUGGAGGAGAUCACCUGUCUGGGCACAGCCUCACCUGGACUCUACCUGAAGAUUACAGACCACGUGCAACUGCUGGAGGACUCCUUCUUCAACAACGUUACUGGCUAUAUCUGCCAAGAUAAGAAAUGUCCUGAUUACACCUGUCCAGCCAACUUCCAGGAAGCUACAGACAUAGUCUUCAUGUUGGAUGGCUCCUCCAGUGUGGGCCAGGCCAACUUCUACAGAGCCAGAGAGUUUGUUGAGAACAUGGCCGCCAGGCUGCUGUCACAGGACCGGGGAGGGCUGCUCCGCCUGUCCGUCAUGCAGUACAGCGAUGGGCAGCAGCAGAGAGUGGAGGUGCCCUUCACUGCCAGGUUUGAGGAUGUGCUAACGGGGCUAGCAGCUACGCUCUACAUGGACGGGGCCACCGACUUACCGGCUGCCCUGGCCUUCCUGACCUCCACCCUCCAGAGGGAGGGCCGCUCUGCUGUCCCCAGGAAAGUGGUGGUGUUCACGGAUGGCAGGUCUGUGGCCUCUGCCCGGCCUGCUAUCCCCGGAGCCGCUGCCGCCGCCCUGGCAGAGAACACACAGCUGCUGGCAGUCACUGUGGGCGAGGGCUUUGACGAGGCAGGCGUGUGCCAGCUGGUGACGGGACAGGCGAACGGGUUUGAUUACCGCGUCGUGGAUAGUCGUGUCCACCGAGUGGCUCUGUACAGUGACCUGGCCAGACGGGUGGUCAUGCAGAGCCUGGCUAGAAAGCUCUCUAAAGCUCUCUGAAGCUCUCUAAAGCUCUCUGAAGUUCUCCAAAGCUCUCCGAAGCUCUCUAAAGCUCUCUGAAGCUCUGUAAAGCUAUCUCAAGCUCUCUGAAGUUCUCUAAAGUUCUCUAAAGCUUUCUAAAGCGCUGUAAAGCUCUCUAAAGCUCCCUGAAGCUCUGUAAAGCUCUCUGGAGCCCUGUAAAGCUCUCUGGAGCUCUGUAAAGCUCUCUGAAGCUCUCCGAAGCUUUGUAAAGCUCUCUGAAGCUCUCUAACGCUCUUAAAGACCACCCUACUACUGAAAUGUUUAUGAAUUGUCCGGUUGUGCCAUGUAUUAGGCCAUUAAGAAAUUAGAUAGAUAUGGUGCACAUUUUAUACUUUUGUGUUUUCCUUCUGCCUUUGAGGGCCUCCUGCUUUUCUUGUGAAAUAAAAUGAAUAUGUUUGUCAUAAGAAGCACUUGGGUAGAUUAAUAAACGUUACGGUGUAA